AGUAAUCAUCGUAUUUACACGAUAUUCUUUACUGUGUUGUGAAGUCCACCGGGCAUACUACUGUACCAUCGUCUUCCCGAAUGUACGUGGUAUAGGAACGACACCUAACAUGUCUCUUGUCACACUCCGCUUGCCCUGGCUCCACACACGUGUUCAAGUUUCGAAUCGUGUGUUAAGAUUAUUAUAGUUAGCCUGAAUGUUUUGGAUCCUAUCGUCGAUGUUCGGCAAUUUAAAAAUACAGUGCAGUGUAUUCUUGCUGAGGGGUGCUUCAUGAUGUGGCUUUGAGAAGCGCUGCAGAAGAAUAUCCAAAUGUUUUUUUGGGGUUAUAUCGAGGAAUACAUGUUGACUUGAGUUGCGUUGCAAUGUCUUGAUGUUUGUUGUUUUCGUUUGUGGUGUAGCGAGCUUGUAUUUGUUCUUUCACAUUGCCAGAUGUUUUGAGUCUACAAUUUUUGUAAGUACUGUAACGUACUAUGGAGGAUCUAGAAGCAGUUCGGGACUUGGAUCCCGUGGAAGUCCAACGCCGGUUUCGGGUGAUGGAAGAUGACCGGAAAGCGUACAUAGAUUCUACUAGUAAUUCUAUUCGCCUUCAAAGGUCGAUCUUAACACGACUAGAAGAUGAAAAGAAAACGCUGGAACUUCAAUUGGAAACGUGUAGUUCUUUGGAAGUGAAUAAAAAGAUACACGAACAGUUGACGAAAUUGUCGGUGUUGCUGGAGCAGUACGAUGGGUACUUGGAAGCCAUCCAAAAAGCAGAAUUGCAAAUAGAGAAACUCAUACAAAACAAUGGUGUCGUGGAGUCCGAAAUACGAAAUGUUGAGGCAUCUAUUGGAGGAGAAUCAACCAACAGAAAAAAGCGGACUGAUUUGCGAAAACGUGUUGCUGCGCUUGAAGAUCGCGUUGAACACGCGACGAGGCAGCUGAAUGGUCAACUAAGUUCGAACGGAAAGCUGAGGAAGGAAAUCGAGGAACUAAUGAGAGACAGGGAAGCACACUGUAAAAUGACGAAACGUUUAACGGAAAAGUUCGCUAGGGGCUCCAAGCAACUACAGAAUAUCGUGAACCAGGUCUCGCAAAUUUACGACCAACGGGACGAAAUUGAGUCGCGACUGAAAACGCUGAAACAGUUGGAGACGGAAGAGGCCCAGUCUUCGGCUGCAGAAAUUCAGCAUCUCAGACGAAUCUUGACGGAGCAAACUCGACUGGAAAAGUUCCUCAUGCAAAAAUCUGCUCCCCGGAUUGCUCCGUCGCACCUGCAUCGCACGCCGUCACCGGCCGUCCCUUUCUUUGCUGCGACGGCUGUCACGACUAUGAAACACGAGGCCAGACAACAGGAUUCCACCAUUACUGACGACCAAAAGUGGGCUGCUGGUCGGCGAGUGAGUUACAGUGAUCUGACAUCUUGCGGGAAGAUGUUGUACGAGCUUGUGUCUCUGGUCACGGGUUCAGAAGAAGCCUCUGCUGCCGUGGGACAAGAUCCAAUGUCCGAUGCGGAUCAUUUGGUGUCGUGGUUUGAUGCAAUCGUUGAAGUGAAGCAAGAAAUCUCGGAGUUGAGAAAUCGUGGUAAUCUGGCUCAGACUGAUCGAAAGGAAGAACGUGUCGCAAUGGAGGAAAGAGUGAUGAAAGCAAAGGUUGAAACGGAAGAAAUCUGGCAGGAAUUCGAAUGCACCGAAACGUUGUUCUCGGACAUUUUGUGGAAAAUCGAGGCCCUUUUCGCUAUCGCGGAUUCCUUCGGCCUGCCACUCAUUGAACUGCUUGGUGGGCAAACAAAAGUGUCCGCGGCGAACGCCAUGGUGUAUUUGAGCGUAAUUGAAAAACGCGUCGUCGAGUUGCUUGAAGCGAAACGAAUGUUGACGGGUGCCUCACCUUCGCCUCACAUCGAACCUUCGUUCGUGGAAGAACAUAAUUUCUCUGUUGGAGGGAAAUUCAAGGAUGAUGUUGGGAAAGGAAAGUGUUUCGCCCCGGAAAUCAGGGAAGAAGAACCGUUGAUGGGUGGAAUGGAUGCCAUUAAUGAUGUGAGCAGGAGGACUUCCACUGUGUCAAUGCCACUGCCGACGAACCGUGAAGAGGUCGUUAAUUUGAUAUGUAGAUCAGUGUCACCCGCUGCGUCGGAUGUUGUCAUACCAAGAUCUCGAUCACGCACAAGUACAACAAAAAUGUAAUGCAAUCGCGAAAUCGCGGCCAAAUGCAAAUUUCCCCAUCAUCCUUUCGGAUAUCAUCAUAAUCUGUCCAUUCAAUUGUUGUCAGUCUUGUUUCAGUUGCUAUUGAAACAGCCGAGGCAUCCAUACUCAUGUACUCAAAAAAAGUACAGCACUGUAUUGGGCAUUAGAAGUUCAUUUUGAAAAUAGCAACUUCUGCUGCAGAUAGAGUUUGAAGUGUUCUGACCUAAUUAAACCGCUUUCGACGUUGCGAAUCCAUAUAGUCAAAUACGAUCUCGAAAAAUAUUUCGGUUGGAAAAGUUUUCGAAAUGUUGAAUGUCGAUGUUGAGAACGUUUCAAAGAAAACUGGGCGAAAACGAAGACCGGUUUGGUGAUUUUAUUGUUGUGUUUCAAAGACAUGUGAAAUCCAUUUCCGUCCAGAAUGUUACGAAGAUGUGAAGCAUCAGAUGCGCGUGUUUUCAUUGCUUUCAAAAGUUAAU